GAGCUUCCAGCAAAAGGCACAACAAUGGCUACUCUACAGGUCCCAUAUACAAAAAAUAUAUCCUUGUCUGUUGAUUCUGCAGUGAAAAUCAAAGCGACACCUGCCAUGCCUUUCAAUAUGGGCCCAGAAAUGCAGGUGGAUUUCUACACUGGAAUUGAAAUGGACUCAAACAUUGCCUUCCAAUUCCGAGUGUACUUUGGCAAGCAAGUGGUGAUGAACAGCCGUCUGGGUGGGAACUGCGGUGAAGAAGUGAAAUCCACUGUUAUGACCUUUAAGGAUGGCCAACCCUUUGAACUGUGCAUCUCGGUGCAGUCAAAUGAGUACCAGGUAUCAGUAAAUGGUCGUCAAUGUUACACCUUUCCCCAUCGAUUUGACCCAGGAUCUGUGAAGAUGAUCCAGGUGUGGAGAGAUGUGUCCCUGACCUCAGUGAAUGUCGUUUAG